AUGGAGCGGUGUGAUUGCUUUGGAAGUGUGCAGCUGACGAUCCGGACGCUGCCGGAGCUGCCCGCCGGCGCCAAGUACCAGUGCGUGUGGGGGUCGGCGCCCCCCGCGGACGCCCUGGUCACGGCCACGGGGCUGACGUGCAUGACGCCCGCGCGCGCGUUCCGGCCGCCCAUCCCCCCGCACCACGACCACGUGCUGGUGCCGCUGGCCGUGCGCUCCAGCGAGACCAACAAGGACUUCGUGUCGCGCAACUUCGCCUUCUACGACUGCAGCCGCCACAACACCUGCGGCAGCUGCGUCAGGAGCGACUGGGCCUGCAACUGGUGCGUCUACGAGAACACGUGCACGCACAACGCGUCCACGUGCAGCGGUAACGUCGUGUCUGGGGAAAACAAUCCCGCGCAGCUCGCCUCGCACGGCUCCGGCUUCUGCCCGCGCUUCUGGCAGGACCAGACGCCGCUGCUGGCCGCCGACGGCGCCAAGAGCGAGCUGCAGCUGCUGGUGGAGAACCUGCCGGUGCCGCGCGUGGGCCAGCUGGGCUUCCAGUGCGUGGUGAGCAUCGAGGGCGCCACCAUGCUGGUGGGCGCGCGGGUCAUGGGCGCCGCGGACGAGGACGACGGCGGCCUCACGCCCACCACGACCGCCACCAGCAGCCACCUGUACCACCGGCGCGUGCAGCGCGUGGUGUGCGAGGCCACGGUGUACCGCUACGAGUCGGGCGAGGGCGAGUACGAGGCCCGCGUCACGCUGGUGUGGAACCGCGACCACGUGGUGGACGCGCGCCCGCUCACGCUCUACAAGUGCGGCGUGCUGGGCGCCCACCGCGGCCACCACGACUGCUCGCUCUGCGUCACGCGCCACCCGCGCUACCGCUGCACCUGGUGCGGCGCCGCCUGCAGGUACGCGCCCCACUGCCCCUCGCUCACGGGCGUCGCCGCGGCGUCGUCGGCGGGCGUGGCGGCGAGACCGACGAUGUUCGGAGGGCGCGUGGAUGCGAACGACGCCCGCCUGGCCCAGUGCCCGACGCCCAGGAUUGACGUGGUAAGUACCUUCACCUUUUGCCCUUGCGACCGAGACGCGACGUAGGUGGCGUGGGUGGCG